AUGGGAAAGAUCAAGAUUGGCAUCAAUGGAUUUGGAAGGAUCGGUCGUUUGGUGGCCAGGGUGGCAUUGGAGAGAGAUGACGUGGAGCUUGUUGCAGUUAAUGAUCCUUUCAUCACCACUGAUUACAUGACUUACAUGUUCAAGUAUGACUCAGUUCAUGGGGUUUUGAAACACCGUGAAAUUACAGUCAAGGACACCAAAACUCUUCUUUUUGGUGGUAGUCCUGUCACUGUUUUUGGUGUAAGGAAUCCUGAGGAAAUUCCAUGGGGUGAGGCUGGAGCUGAAUAUGUUGUUGAGUCUACCGGAGUUUUCACCGAUAAAGACAAGGCUGCGGCCCAUUUGAAGGGUGGUGCAAAGAAGGUAAUUAUUUCAGCCCCUAGCAAGGAUGCACCAAUGUAUGUAGUUGGUGUCAAUGAGAAAGAAUAUAAGUCGGAUAUUCAUAUUGUUUCUAAUGCUAGCUGCACAACCAAUUGUCUUGCUCCACUAGCAAAGGUUGUUCAUGACAAAUUUGGUAUUGUUGAAGGUCUUAUGAGUACUAUUCACUCUAUUACUGCCACUCAAAAAACUGUGGAUGGACCAUCAAUGAAGGAUUGGAGAGGUGGUAGAGCUGCUUCUGUUAACAUCAUUCCUAGUAGUACCGGAGCUGCAAAGGCUGUUGGUAAGGUACUUCCAUCAUUGAACAAUAAGUUGACAGGAAUGUCAUUCAGAGUUCCAACUGUAGAUGUUUCAGUGGUUGACCUCACUGUUAGACUUGAAAAGGGAGCAAGUUAUGAUGAAAUUAAAGCUGCAAUUAAGCAAGCAUCUGAGGGAGAUUUGAAGGGAAUCCUUGGUUACACAGAGGAUGAUGUUGUGUCUACUGAUUUUGUUGGUGACAGCAGGUCUAGCAUAUUUGAUGCAAAGGCAGGAAUUUCUUUGAAUAACAAUUUUGUGAAACUUGUCUCUUGGUAUGACAAUGAAUGGGGCUACAGCUCACGCGUGGUUGACUUGAUCCGACACAUGGCUUCAGUUGGUUAAUGUGCAAGGAGUUUUUGGCAUACAUCUAGUGCAAUGACACUUCUAUCUUACAAAUCAAGCAUUCAGUAAAGUAGAUUUUUGGAAUAAUUUUGCUUCUGUUAAAUGACGAGAAUAUUGUUCCACACAACUUA